AUGAACUUCCUAUGUUGGAAUUGUACAGGAGCGGGAGCCAAAGGUUUCGCGCCCUUAGUCAACGAUUUGAUCAGAACCCACGAUGUGGGACUCAUCUGUCUGUUAGAAACCCACAUUAGUGGAAAUCGGGCUGUUAAUGUAACUCGUCGUAUUAAGCUUGACAAGAAUUUCUUGGUGCAUGCUAAUGGUCAAUCGGGUGGCCUUUGGUGCUUAUGGGAUUCGUCGAAAUGGAACAUUGAGGUUAUAUAUCAUACAUCACAGUUUAUUCAUUUAAAGAUUUUGAAUGACUCCUUGCCUUGGUUUGUCACCAUGGUGUAUGCUAGUCCACAUUUACAAGAAAGAUCAACGCUAUGGAACAACCUAACUAGAUUAGCACAGAUCGUGGAUGGCCCCUGGAAUCUAAUGGGUGAUUUCAAUGUUGUUCUUCGCCCUCAUGAGAGAAUGGGCAGUGCUACUACGAGGAUAAAUCGUGGAGAUAUCGCGUUCAACAACUUUGUGAACCAGUGUAACCUAUUGGAUAUUGGAUUCACAGGUUCUCCCUUCACUUGGAAACGUGGUCAACUCUUUGAAAGGCUGGACAGGUCGCUGGAAAAUUAUGAUUGGCGUAUACAGUUUCAUGAAGCCUCCAUCAUUCAUUUGAACCCGCUCAAAUCAGAUCAUGUGCCCUUAUUGCUUCGUUUUGCUGAUAAUUUUCCUCGCCGACCCACGAGACGACCAUUCAAGUUUGAAGCUUCUUGGUUAACUCAUGAAGAUUUCCCCCAGCUGAUGAAACGUGAAUGGAAUGCAAAUGGCCAGUGA